AUAGAAAGAUAAAGUUUACUGGUGUGAAAAUGCCUCAGUGUGAAAACCAGAGUGUGCGUUUCUGACCUUGUGUUGUUCAGACAUCGAUGUACAUGGAGGUUGUUGUGAUGUUUCCUUCCUCAGCUUUCCUACUGCAACACUUCAUCAUGGUGGACCUCUUUGUUGAUCGAGUUCUGGUGAAGAACAACAAGGACCACGACGAGCUGGACACCGAACGUGAGCUCGUCAUGCGCCUGCAGAACCACAUCCUGAUGCUCUUCUUUGCGUCAGCUGCAUGUGAGAGCUGUCAGGAGUUUGCCCCCACACUGCAUGACUUCUUCAAAAAGCUAACGGACGAAUUCUACGUAGAUCGGGCUGCCCAGCUGGUUCUUCUUUACAUUAGCCUGGAUGAGACCGAAGAGCAGCAAGAAACAUUUCUGAAAGAGCUCCCCAAGAAGAGCCUGUUCCUGGUCUACGAGGACCCCUACAGGAAGGAGUUGGAGGCCAUGUUUAAUGUGGAGGAGCUGCCAACUGUGGUGGUCUUGCGUCCCGACUGCUCGGUCCUCAUUCCAAAUGCAGUGGAGGAGAUACGUCACCUUGGUCCAGAUUGCUACCGAAACUGGCAGGAAGCAGCAGAACUCAUUGACAGGAACUUCAUGAUAAAUGAGGAUUUUGAUGAAAAGUCCAUGCGUAGCUUCAGUGACCCCAUCAGAAGAAUCAAGUACAAGGUGGAAGAUGACAAGAAGAAGAAAAAGAAGGAAAAACAGAGACAGGGGGGUGGUGGUGCAGACAAAGAUGUGGACGUGGAUGAAGGAGCAGGGGAAGGAGAUGGAGGGUCAUCAUGGUGACAGCUUUCAAGUACAAGGGAUUGACAGGUUU